AUGGCCUGCCGCGUCUGGCUCGCGGACCCGGCGGAGUUCGAGGCCCAGCCCGCGGGCUUCGGCAAGCGCCCGGGUCCGCCGACGGGCGAGGAGCGCGACCUCGCCGCGAGCGCCGCCGCGCUGUGGAACGCGCUGGCGAGCGACGCGGCGCCGCGCUACGCCGACGACCCCGAGGCGCUGGGCCGGCUGACGGCGCGCGUGCUCGGCGAGGACGGCCUCCUGCGCCUCGACGGCGCCGCGUGCUGCGCCGCGCUCCGCGAGGACGCGCGCGAGGGCGUCGUCCGCUGGCGCCACUGCGCGGCCGCCGCGGCCGCCGCGGCCGCCGCGGAAUCGGAGCGCGACGUGCGCCGCCUCGUGGACGACGGCCUCGUCGGGAGCCUCGUGCGCGUGCUCACGGAGUGCGAGGUGCCGCCGGAGCCCUACGGCGGCGGCCACCUCCUGCGCAUCUUCGCGUGCGAGGCCCUCGCGCGCGUCGUGGCCAAGUCCGACGCCUUCUCCGGCGACGCGGCGGUCAUUUCGGAGCGCCAGCUCGACGCCGUGCUCGCCCUCUUCGAGAACCUGCACUGCGUCGACGGCGGGGACCAGUCGACGGCCGCGUGCCGCGCCUUCGCGCGCGCCGCGUUCCCGGAGCUCGACGCGCCCGUGACGUCCGUCGUCUGCCGCCUCGGCCGCACGCUGCUCGGCCGGGGCCGCGCGGCGCUCGCGGGCCGCCACCUGGGCCAGAUGAGCUGGGCCGCCCAGGCGCUCCUCGACGGCGCGCCGCGCGACCCCGACGCCGACGCCGAGGACGCCGCGGAGCGGCGGCGGACGAUCUGGGUGCCCGACGCGGCGGCGAUCCUCGACCUGCUCGCGCGCGGCGGCCACGCGGCCUGGUUCCUCGACGCGGAGCGGCUGCUCGAGGAGGCGCCGCGGAGCCUCAUCGGGCGCCUCGCGCCCUUCGCGGCGCCCGUCGCGACGACGCGCGACGCGCAGACGGCCAUCGACAUCGCGCUCCAGCUCCGGGCCGCGCGGAACUCGAAUCUGCAACCCGACUUCAAUGUGGGCGUAAUCGAACGGCUCCGCGACCAGAGCGGGUCGUCGUCGAAGCCGUCGAACUGGACGCGCUUCCAGGAGCUCGCGGCGGACUUCGCGAGCCGGAGCCGCGACAACGUCGCGGGCAUCGAGCGCGGGUGCCUGGCGGGCCACGCGCGCGCGGCGCUCGUGCCCCUCGUCGUCGCGGCCGCGUCGAACCCGGGCAAGGUGCCCGACGGGGCCCUCUUCCGCGACGUCCUCGAGGCCAUCGACGUCUUCGCCGUGGACCUGAGCGAGGGCCGCGCGCAGAGCGCCGAGGCCGUCGCCGCGCUGGCGCGGUCCAGGGCAGGAAAAGAGAGCGACAUGCCCAACGCCCGGUCCGACGUCUACGCGCGGUCGGCCGCGCGCGCGCUGCUGCCGCGCGUCGCGGACCUCGUCUGCUGCGGCGCCGAGGAGGAGCCCCAGUUCCGCACGAAGGCCAUGGAGUGCCUCGCCAAGGCGACGGCGGCCUGGGCGCGCGACGACGCCGCGCGCCCCCUCGCGGCCGCGUGCCUCCGCCGCGUGCGCCGGUCCCUCGGCGCGGAGAGCCCGGCGGCGGCGCGGGCCUGGAAGGUCGCCUUCGACGCGCUCCCGGGCGAGCUGGACGUCUACGAGCGCGACGUGGUCGCGCUGUCGCUCGCGGCCGACGUCCGCGCGGCGCGGCCCGACGACGAGCGCGCCGCGCGCGACGCGUGCCUGCGGCUCUGCCCCCAGUCCUACGAGGACCUGUUGACCCACCGGGCCGAGUUCCUCCCCAUGGACAAGGUCGAGCGCAUCGUCGAGGGCGGCGCGCUCGACGCGCUCGUCCGCGUCGUCGCGUCCGACGGCAAGGCGAAGAAACGCGCGACGCGGAACCGGCGCGCGGCCCUCGUCUGCGCGGCCCACGACGCGCUCGUGUGCAUCCUGCUGGCGGCGCGCGAGGCCUACAUCGAGCGGGGCCACGUCAACGAGCUCGUGCCCUGGCUCGACUCGGGGCGGGACAAGGGCGCGACGUUCCCGACGCUCGACAGCCGCGACGCGACCGUCGCGCUCCAGACCGUCGCGCUGCCGCUCUUCGACGGCGCGGAGCGGACGCCGCCGCCGCCCUUCGCGCCGGCGAGCGUCGGCCCGGCGGCGCGCAUGGCCUGCGUCGCGCGGUCCCUCGUGCUGCUCGACUGCGUCUACGCGAUUUCGAAGGCGCGCGACGCGGGCUGGCCCCGCGUCCACUUCGACCACGAGCUCGGCGUGACGGCCCAGAAGAUCCUGGAGCUGCUGCCGACGCUCGUCGCCGGGGAGCGCGCGCCCCUGGGGCCCGCCUUCCACCUGCUCUUCGACCUGGGGCUCGGCGGGCACGUCGGGAGCACGGAGGACGAGGCCGCGUCGAAGAGCCUCGUGGACCUGCUGGCGUCCGCGCGGCCCAUCGAGGACCUGGGCGUCGCCGAGGAGGACCGGGUCGAGGCGGCGCUGCGCAAAUCGCAGCGGCCGCCGCCGCGCGACGUGCCCAUUUUGUUGCGCCACGCGGCGACGGUCGCGCUGCUCAUCUUCGCGGAGGGCCGCGGCGGCGAGAACGCGUGGCUCGCGGACAUCUGCGCCCACGGCGGCGUGCCGCGGCUGCUCGACAUCGUCCGCAAGGACUUUCUGCUGUCGCGCGAGGGCAACGCGGAGAACGCGCGGCGCGCGGCGAUGCACCUGCUCCGCCUCGCGGCCAAGUCGGCGAUCGCGCGGCCCGCGCUGCUGCGGGCGCUGGGCGACGUCGACGCGCGCUUCGUGACGACGAACGUCGACGAGGACGCGCUCCUCGAGCACCUGGACAUCAUCCAGGACGCGGCGGCGGCGCGCUACGCGGCGUACGAGCGGCGGCGGCGGAAGCUCGGCCGCGACGGCGACGGCGCGGUGUCGCCCGCGGCGACGGCGCGCGCGCAGGCCGACGCGGACGCGGCCGCGGCGUCGCUCCUCGCGGACUGCGCCGCCGAGGAGGAGGGGAAGGCGUCCAGGAAGGCGAGGCGGAAGAAGAAGAAGGCGCGAAAGCCCCCGGACGCGGCGAUCGCGGCGCCGGCCGCGGCGCCGGCCGCGGGCGCGUCGGCGCCGCCGGGCGACCCGCCGGCGCCGCCGCCCGCCGCGGCGGCGACGCCCGAGGCGAGCGACGCGGGCCCCGACGCGGACGCGCCGGGCGCCGCCGCGGACGCGGCCGAGUGCUCGUCGCCCGACUCGUCGUCCGCGCCGGAGCGCUUCGACGGCGACGACGCGCUCGGCGCCGUGCUCCGCGCCGCGGGCCUCGGCAAGGACGACCGCACGCGGCGCAUCCUCGACGCCGAGGGCGUCGACGCCGCGGGGUUCUUCCUCCUCCGGGACCGCGACGUCGCGGACCUCGGCGUGCGCAAGGGCGCGGCGCUGAAGAUCCGCAAGCACGUCAACGACCGGCGCGCCGCGCGGAGCCGGGACCUCGACGACGACGCGCCCGACUUCCUCACCUGCCCGCUCUCCCUCGAGCUCUUCGUGGACCCCGUGCUGCUCCUCGUCGACGGCCAGACCUACGAGCGCAGCGACGUCGCGGCCUGGAUCGACCAGCACGCGACGAGCCCCCUCACGCGCGAGCCCGCGAAGCAGGCGGACCUCGUCCCGAACCGCGCCGUCCUCGACGCCGCCGACGCGUUCCGCGACGGCUGGGGGCGGCUCGAUGAAGGCUAA